AUGGCAUCAGAUUGGGCAGCCAAAUUGGCAAACAGUACUCCAUCACCUGCAAAACCACAAUCACAACAACAACAACAGAAUACAAAGUCAACUGAGAAAAAAUUCAAAAAAAAAUCAUCUCAGAAUCAAACCUCCUCACAAUCACCACCACCUUCGUCAUCACAGAAUCAUCAAAAAUCAACGCAUUCAAAUUCCUCCAAUAAAUCUACUGCAUCGAAUCAACAACAGCCGAAACAAUCUACCCCACCCACGCAACAACAACAACAACAAUCAACAACUAAAUCACCAAGUCCAUCAUCAUCAUCAUCAAAACCACAAAAUCAACCACCUUCAAAUUCAGAACCUUAUAAUUUAAAUUCUAAGGAAAUAUUAAAUUAUCUACAAUCAAAUUAUCAAACAUAUUUAACAAAUGCAAAAAAUGAUAAAGAAGAAGAAAAUUAUAAAAUAUAUAAAUCAUCAGAUAAUACAAAUCAAUGGACAACAAAAAUAAAUUCACAUAAAGGAUUUCAACCUAAAAAUGUAUUACGAAAUAGUAAUAAUAAAUCAAAUUUGAAAAAUUCUGAUAAUCAAGUACUGGAAAAGAAUAACAACAAUAGUAAUGGGCAUGGUCUGCCGAAUCAUACAAAUGGUAAUUAUACUGUUGAUAUAUUGUUUGAAAUCAAUAGAUCUAUUUACCAACAAAAGCAGCAGCAGCAGCAGCAACAACAACAACAACAGCAAUCACAGAGCUCUAAAUAA